UUCCUCGAAAUUUUUCCUCUAUCAUCGUCAUUCUAUCAUAUAUUUUGAGUACAUUUUCACGACAAUUUUCAGUAUCGAGAAGAAAAUUGGUGAUAUUAUGAAUAGUAAAUUGAGUUUUCAUCAGUACCGGUGAUUAGUGAUCUUCGAAAUGAGUGAUAUAAGUGAUUGGUACAGUCGUGUGCCAUUUUUCACGAAAUGGUGGCUGACGUUAACUAUGGUUUUUUCUCUAGCUGGACGUUUGGGUCUAGUGAAGGCAUAUCAAAUGAUGUUAUUAUACAGUCCCCUUAUUAGCAACUUCGAAGUAUGGAGGCCGAUCACAGCUGUGUUUUUCUACCCUAUCAAUCAAGCCACCGGAUUUCACUUCUUGGUGAACUGUUACUUCUUGUAUAAUUAUUCCAUACGGUUAGAAAAAGGCGAAUUCGAUGGAAGGCCUGCCGAUUACUGUUACAUGCUGAUAAUCAACUGGUUGACAUGUACGUUGAUGGCUUUAGCAAUUGGAAUGCCUUUACUGAUGGAUUGUAUGGUAUUGAGUGUACUUUACGUCUGGUGCCAAUGUAACAAGGAGACUAUCGUCACGUUCUGGUUUGGUACUACUUUCAAAGCAAUGUAUUUACCUUGGGUUCUGUUUGUAUUCAAUUUCAUCAUCGUUGGAGGGGGUAUAUCUGAACUGAUUGGUAUCUUGUCUGGUCAUAUUUAUUAUUUCCUUAAGUUCACCUAUCCGCAAGAAAACGGUACGCAGUCCUUCCUCACAACGCCAUAUUUCUUGUUUAAUCUAUUUCCGAACCGUAGAAUAGCCGGAGGAUUCGGUGUACCUCCUCCCCGAAGUGCCGCCGCCACAGGAGAACAACCGUCUAGUGGAAGGCAUAAUUGGGGCAGAGGACGAGUACUCGGAGGCGAAGUGGAUUAAUUGAAAUUUCAACGCUUAUCAAAUUGUAUCUUCGGCACAUCCAUCGUUCUGUAAAUUUUUUACUAUCGAGUCGCAAGUGGAAUAACACGUUUUAGAUGUGAUACGAAUAAUUAUUUCCAACAACUUUAACGUUACCAUUUUCAAGGAGUAAAUUUGUACGUACAUUGUUGGGAGGUCUUUGAAAGAUAGACGAUCCUAUUGAAAAUGAAAUCGAAGUAGUUUUCGAUUUUUGGAUUUCUCCUCUUGUAAAUUUUAAAGUAUUGAUAGAAGUAAAAUAUCGCUUAAUUGAUACUCUUUGUAAUUUGUUUUCUGUUUGAAAUCGUUUUUUUUUUUAAAUGCUUACUCGUUACGCUGUUUUUUUCCUUAUUUUUCUUUCGAGUAACCGGGAGUUCUUUUGAGGGAAUUAUGUUGUAUAUAAUUUAAACGUAUGUUUUAUUUGUAUUUUUAAUGAUUUUAUUACAUUUAUUUUGAUCUCUGCGUGAAAAACAAAAUAAACCGUAACAAAAAUUUA